GCUUGACGUUUAGCAGAUCUCUUUAUAUAUUCAAAAAAAAAAAAAUCUUUCAUGUAUACACAUAUAUAUUAAUUUGCAAAAGAUCUGAUUAAUAGUAGCAAAAAAAAAAAUUAACUUAAAUUUCUCUCCAAAUUGACUGAUAAGAGUUGAGAGAGAAAUCUUUUUCGCUUUGUGAUUUUUCGAGGAUUUUGACUUUUGUAGAAUUUUGAUUUUUCCUGGUGCGGGGAAAAAAAAUGGCGGAAGAAUUCUUCAAUUGAGACAGCGAGAGGAUGUUCGUUCAGUGUUCAACUGGAAUUUAUUGUGAUAAAGUGAAAUUUGUUGGAAAGUGUUGUUGUUGAUUGUUUUUUGUUUGUUCGUUUUUUUUUGUAAUCGAAAAAAUUAUUAGGAUUUUUGUAAAAUUUAUUGCGAUAAAGUGGAGGUUUCUAUAUUUGAAGAGUAUUGUCAAAGGAUUGGCAAGAUGUUGGAGCAUUUGCGAGGGCAAAGUGCUUGGAAUCAAGGCGAUUCCAAUCAGAACAUUCCCCCGGGGCCUCCACUUCAAUUUCGACAAGUUGCCAACAAUAAUGUCGAAGGAACAACGGUAUCGGUGAAAACGGAAGUGGGAACAACGGAGCCGACAUGUGCAGGCUGUGGUCUUGGGAUCGUCGAUCGGUUUUUAAUGAGUGUACGAGAUGAGAUGAGUGUUGACAGAAGUUAUCACGAAGACUGCCUUUCUUGUUCCGCUUGCGGUACAAUUUUAACGAAAUCCUGCUUUAUUCGAAAUUUAAAACUCUACUGUCGUGCCGAUUACGAACAAAUAUUUGGUGUCAAGUGCGCGAGGUGUAGCAUUAUUAUUGGUGGCAAGGACCUUGUUAUGAGGGUGGCGGAUUUAGUUUUUCAUCUCAAUUGCUUUGGAUGUUACAUGUGUGGCCAACCAUUGCCCACGGGAGCACAUUUUAUUCUUCGACAAAAUCAACCUGUUUGCAGAAGAGACUUUGAGCAUGAAAUGUACAUCAACAGUCCACAAGACGACGAGGGAUUGGAUGAAGUGAGACCACGCGAUGGAAGGCGAGGGCCUAAGAGACCGAGAACAAUAUUGACGUCGAUGCAGAGACGCCAGUUCAAAGCAUCCUUCGAAGUUUCUCCCAAGCCGUGCCGGAAAGUUAGAGAAGCUCUCGCGAAAGAUACUGGACUCAGUGUACGAGUUGUUCAAGUCUGGUUUCAAAAUCAACGUGCAAAAAUGAAGAAACUUCAAAGGAAAGCAAAAACCGAAUCUGGCUCCGACAAGGAGCCAAAGGAGGAGAGAAAAACCGAAAGUCCACACAGUGAUCACAGUCACUAUAUGAGUGCUUUGAACAUGCGUGAUGGAGAGUCAUCCAACUUCUCAUCUGCCACUCAGCCUCUUAAUCCAAACAAUCCCUACUCGCCCGACGAUAACUACCCGGUGCAUUCGGGCGAGAGUUUCUGCAGCACUGAUUUGUCCCUCGAUGGAACAGAGGCUGGCUUUGAAAUUGCAGAAAACGAAACCGGUGGCCCCGAAAGCAGUCAUCAGGGAAGCUCCCACUCCCUUCACACAGGAACAACACAAGAAUCGCCUUCGUUGUCCCAAAGUUUACAUGCGGCUAUCAAUAAUCCCAUUGAUAAAUUGUAUAUGAUGAGCAACAAUUAUUUUAGUCCAAAUCACGCAUAAUUUCACAAUUUUUCAUGUACAUUACAAUUUUAAAUUAUUAUUAUUAUUAUACAUAUAUAAAUAAUAUAAAUAUUGCAUUUUACACCAAAGAAAAA